AUGAAACUUCUGGCCGCAUUUGGGCUUCUGGCCCUGGCCCUCGCUGCCUGGCAGCCAGCUGACCGUCUCUACGAUGGCCCCGAAAAGGCUUUCCGUGUCGGACAGACCUACACCUUCAACUACCAGGGACAGAUCGCCCAUGGCCUGCCGGUCCAGGGAUCCUCUUCCCAAUCGAUCCAGCACGGCAACUCCAAGGUGUUCGUGACUGUUGGUGACAAGUACUGGACCCUCCGCAUGGACGACAUCCGUGUCUCCCACGGACAGCGCAAGAUCGAGGAGCCCCGCGUCUUCGACAAGACUAUCUCUCUCGAGGAGUCUGAGCUGACUGAGGAGCAGCGUGAGAUCCUUGCCAUGCCCGUCCGCUUCCGUUACCACAAUGGAAUCAUCUCCGAGCUGCACUUCUCCGAGCGUGACAAUACCUGGUCCGAGAACAUCAAGCGCGGUAUCGUCCAGAUGCUCCAGAUCAAGUUCAACCCCAAGACCCAGGAGUUCAAGGAGGAGACCGAGUCUGAGAACAAGUUCUUCACCCUGCCCGAGCGCAUGCUCGAGGGAGAGUGCGAGGUCACCUACUCGGUUGUCGAGGGACAAAAGCGUCAGGAGAAGGAGGUCACCAAGACCGUCAACUUCGACAAGUGCGCCAAGCGCGCCGACUUCCGUUACGGAUUCCGUUUCACCUCUGAGUGCGCCACCUGCGAGUCCCAGGACUCCCGCCCCGAAUCCCAGACCAUCUACAACUACAAGGUUGUCGGUGACGAGAAGGAGUUCCUGAUCAAGGAGGUCCAGAUCAAGUCCGAGUACGUCUUCACCCCGAUCGCCAAGGAGGAGGAGGCUCUUGCCACCUACAUGCACACCAUCCUUCGCCUCAUCAAGGUCGAGCAGUCCGAGCGUUUCUCUGAGCCCAAGUGGGGACAGAAGUCUUCUCUUCUCUACAACCACGAGGAGGAGCUCGCCCGUGAGCAAUUCUGGAUGAACGGUGAUGAGGAGAGCUGGAAGCUCGCCAACUUUGACAAGAUGCCCAAGGCUGAGCUCGUCGAGAAGUACAUCACCCAGCUGCUCCGCUCCAUCGAGGAGUCCGAGAAGGACGGUGUCCAGCUCGAGUCUACCCGCUACAUGGCCCGCAUUGCCUCCGUUCUUCGCAUGUGCAACCGCGCCGAGAUCAAGGAGAUCUACGAGAAGGUGUGCGACAACCAGAAGUUCGACAAGAACCAGAAGAAGGUCAACGAGAUCAUCGCCGAUUGCCUCGCUAUUGCCGGAACCAAGGUCACCAUCGAGCAUCUGAUGGAGAAGAUUGAGAAGAAGCACAUCACUCCGAUCAAGGCUUCCCUCUCCCUCAAGUCCCUGAUCAACGCUCCCGUCUCUUCUGAGAAGAUUGUUGAGCUGGUUCUCCGUCUGGCCAAGUCGAAGGUUGCCCGUGACGAGCCUGUUCUCCGUCAAUCUGCUCUUCUUACCUCUGGAGCUCUGAUGAACACCCUUUGCGGUCGCAAUGAUGAGCAGUGGGCUAUUGAACUGAACGGUGAGCGUCGUUGCUCUCGUGAACAGAAGACUCAAUGGCUGGCUACCCUCAAGAAUCUGUACGUCGAGGCUGACUCCAAGUACGAGAAGGUUCUCGUUCUCAAGACUAUUGCCAACUCUGGAAUGGAUGUUGCCAUCCACUUCCUCGAGGAGAUUAUCAACAACAAGUCUGAGGAGCCCGUUAUCCGUGCCUCCGCCAUUGAUGCCGUCCGCAUGCUGCGCGAGGAGAUGCCCCGCAAGGUCCAGUCGGUCCUUCUGCCCAUCUUCAAGUCCCGCCGUGAGCCUCUUGCUCUUCGUAUGUCGGCUGUCUACCAGAUGAUCCACUCUCGCCCUACUCUGCCCGUUCUCCAGCAGAUCGUUGAUACCCUCAACCGUGAGCACAACCACCAGCUCCGCUCUUUCUGCUACUCCCUGCUCUCGUCCUUCGUCGAGUCCAAGAACCCGUGCGAGAAGAAGAUGUCCGAGGAUGUUGUUGUUGCUCUCCGCAACCUCCGUUUCCGCCCGACCCUCGAGUCUCGCUAUGUCCGUGCUUCGUCUUUCUGGCAGAAGCUUGACCUCGGUCUCUCCGUCGAUAUGGCCUCCAUCUUCACCAACGAGUCCAUCCUCCCCGCUGAGCUUCUGGCCAACUUCGACUCUCUGUUCGCCGGACAAUGGAACAAGCAUCUCGGCCAGAUCGGUCUUACCCAGCAGAACCUCGACCGUGUCCUGUACUCUCUCAUCAACAAGUACGACAAGUCCGAGGAGUCGUCCACCAUCACCCGUGGCAUGCGCUCGUCCAAGGUCAACAACAUCCUCAAGGAGCUCGCCUCUGAGAUGAAGAUUGUUCAGCGCCGUUCUGAGCGUUCUGAGGAGCCCUUCGGUAUGCUGUACAUCCGCUACAAGAACCUCGACUACGCCGUCGUUCCCCUUGAGGAGAAGUUGAUUGAUGAGAUCUCCCGCAAUGGAGUCAACUCGAUCUCUGAUUUGAUCCGUGAUCUGGCCCGUGGAAUCCGUUUCGACGUCUCUGUUGCCUCUUACCUGUAUGAGCGCAGCCGUACCGUUGCCACCCACAUUGGUAUGCCGAUGCACAUCACCCAGAAGAUGCCCACCCUUGCCACCAUCAAGGGACAAAUCAAGUUCGAGCUGUCUCCCCGCCCGACUCUGGUCCUCAAGGCUGAGCCCUCCGUCGCCUCUACCCACGUCACCGAGAUGGCUGUUCUUGCCCAGUCGAAGCACACUGGUGCUCGUCUUCUCCACUCCGUCCAGGCUACUCUUCCCGUUGACAUGUCCAUCUCUUACGACAACGAGCGUGAGCAGCUGAAGGCCAUCUUCCGUGCCCCGAAGGAGGAGAAGCGUGUUCUCCUUGUUGAGACCCGCCCCAUCAACUUUGUCCGCACCUUCACUCAGCGUUACACCCCGGUUCUGUCUGAGAAGACCAUGACUGUCUCUCGUCUUCAGCGCUCUGCUGUCCACUACGAGCGCAAGUACGGCCGUGAGAUGACUGGCAUCAACGUUGAGGUCUUCGGAUCCGUCCACCACCGUUCUGGUGAGGAGCAGAUCAAUGCUCUCCUCCAUGGUGAGAACCACGUCCAGGUCAACCUGAUGCCCACUGAGGAGGCCAUCAAGGAGGUCGUCUUCGAGAUUGAGCCCAAGUGGAACAAUGAGAAGAACUUCGAGGGACCCCGUUACGAUCAACAGUUCGAGUCCCAGGACUUCCGCAUGGAGGACUCUGAGGAGCAGAACGAGUAUGAGCCCGAGACUAAGCGCUCUGCCCGCCACCAGGAGAUGCGCAAGUACUACGAGGAGAAGCAAUCCCGCAAGUCGACCAAGGAGGGCCGCGUUGUCGUCAAGGUCUACACUGUUGGAGGACCCAAGGAACUGAAGGGACAAGUUGAGCUGAAGGGACAAUGCGAUCGUGAUGGCAAGCACUGCCGUGCUGAGAUCUUUGCCAAGCGCUCUCCCAUGACUGAGGAGGAGACCCGUGAGUGGGAGAUGAACUGCGAUGUCGAGAUUGUUAUGCCCAAGGCUCCUCUUUCCAUCAAUGAGCUCCGUGAGCAGAAGCACCGCGAGAUUCAGGCUACCAUCAACCUUCGCUGGGGAGCCAACGAGAAGAACUCUAUUGAGCUCCGCGUUCAGGCUGAGCAGGACCGUCAGAUGCAGAAGCUGAUCCGUGACGUUAUUGUCCGUGACCAGAAGGAGCAGAAGAAGGAAGGACUUGAGCAGGUUGAGAUGCUGAAGGAGGCUGCCCGCCUUAACAAGCUCUCCGUCCUGAUCAACCACGAUCUGUCGAAGAAGAACGAGAAGCUCUUCGAGCAGCUCUAUUCUCUCAUCAAGGCCAACUACUUUGUUCAGUCUUCCAUCGAGCAGGUCCGCCGCAACAAGGGAUCCAUCCUUGUCAAGCUGACUGUUGAGCCUGAAGAGUGCCGUCGUGUCAACCUCACCCUUGAGACUUCUGAGGAGCGUUUCAUCGUUGAGUCUCUGAAGACCCCGAUCCGUCUUCCCCUUCCCACCAUCUUCAAGUCGUCGUCGAUCAACCUUUUCAACAAGGUUCGUCGUGCCACCAAGACUGCCACUUGCGAGGUCCGCUCCAACAAGGUUUCCACCUUUGACCGUGUCAACUACAAGGCCCCCAUGACCACCUGCUACACCGUUUUGGCCAAAGACUGCUCUGAGGAGCCCGAGUACGCUGUUCUCAUGAAGUCUGUUCGCAAGAACUCUGAGGAGAAGAAGAUCAAGGUUGUCAACCGCAACAAGGUCUGCGAAGUCGAGAUGAAGGAGGAUGAGCUGAUCGUCAAGAUCGAGGGACGCCAGGUCCGCGAUGAGGAAGAGCUCCGCGAGUUCGGAAUUGAGAUGAUUGGUGAGCGCUCCGUCGAGAUCACUCUGCCCAAGAUCACUGUCCGUUUCGAUGGAUACAAGUGCGAGAUCAAGGCUGACAAGCGCACCGAGAACAAGCAGUGCGGUAUGUGCGGACACUUUGAUGGACACCGUGACAACGAGUUCCGUCGCGCCGACAACGAGGAGACUGAGGACCUUGAGGAGUUCCACCGCUCGUGGCUCCGCCAGGAUUCUGAGUGCCAGAUUGACGAGUCUCUGCUGAAGGAGAAGAAGAACUACGCCGUUGAGGACAAGGAGGAGCAGUCUUACGAGACUGAGUCGUCUGAGGAGGACUACGAGCGUUUCCAGCGCGUCAAGAACAUCAACGAGAAGCGCCAGUACCGCGAUCAGGAUGAGGAGACUUAUGAGGCCGAGCGCAAGACCAUGAUUGUCGAGCGUGAGUCCAAGGUCUGCUUCUCCGUCGAGAAGGUCGAGGAGUGCCGUGCUGAGGAUGAGGCCGUCGAGAAGAAGGAGAAGAAGAUCCGCUUCUCUUGCCUGCCCCGCCACGACCGUGAGGCCAAGAAGAUGCGCGAGAUGGUCAAGCUCAACAAGGACAUCUCUGAGAAGCUCGAGAACCUGAAGCCUCGGAAUACAGCAAUCACGAUGAGCGACGAUCCGUGUGCCUGUUUCAACCAUGAGGCUGCGAUGCGACGAUUGUUAUCCGUGCUACGCGGCACGGAAGAUCAGGAAUGCACGGAUUCGGACUGCGUCACGCCAAACGUCAACCCUGGCUCACAGAUGUAUCUGGUCUUUUGGUCGUUGAUGUGGGGUCUGCUGAUGAUGGGUUGGUUCUUUCGCCGACAGAAUCGAACGGCGCCCCAGCCGGAUGAGAAACCGAGUUCUAGCGGACAGGACCCGCAUGGAGAUCAGGAUCAAGGCCCGGGCCCCAGCGUCCAC